GUGCGCAGAACUUGCGGCUACAUGACAUGUUUAUGUACCUCGCGCUCCUCCCUCUCCUGCCUGACUGCUACGCACACCAGGCUGUCAUUCCUACAGUCAGCAGUCAUGUAUUAACAGCCUCCUGCGGGUUCUGACGGCCGUCUUCCUUCACGUAAUGGAGCUUUUGGGCACCAACACGCAGACGACGGCUGAUGCCGAGUCUGCGGCAGACGGUUGCAGCUGCGCCGCAGACGCCGACGGCAGAGACGGGGCAGGGGAGAGGAUGGAGAGGACGGAGAGGACGGUGCCCAGCGAGCACCAGGACAGGACCAGCAACCAGCAGCAGCAAACCGCCGGGGUGUUCGAUAAACUGUUUGGGAAACGACUUCUGCUGGCCAGACAUUACAUCAACUCUCGCAAGUCUUGGUUAAAGAUGGUUCCCACACAAAACUGUGACAUCCUGAUGACUUUUCCAGAUACAAUAGAUGACCACUCUCUGCUGUGGCUUCUGAAUCAAAUUCGUGUUGGAAUCCCACAGGUCAGCAUCCAGGUCCGGCAACAUAAACACACCCAGACCCACGCCUUCUUCAUCACAACAACAUUUGAAAACCUGCUGCGAGGAGCCGAGCAGAUGGGCAUGUACAAGACUGUGAAGCCACAGUUUGGUGGUGGCAUGCGCCGCUUCUCCUGUGAAGAGGACAACAUAUAUGAGAACAUAGAAAGCGAGCUUUGCUUUUUCACUUCGCAGGAACGCCAGAGCAUCAUUAAGUAUUGGCUGGAUAACCUGCGUGCCAAACACGGGGAAAUGCUCCACAACAUCCACUUCUUGGAGGGGCAGCCAAUAAUUCCAGAGCUAAUCGCUCGGGGAGUGAUCCAUCAGAUGUUUCCUCUUCAUGAACAAAGAAUACUCAACCAGCUGAUGACUUCGUGGGUCCAGGCUGUGUGUGAAAGGCAGCCCCUCGAUGACAUUUGUGACUACUUUGGAGUGAAGAUCGGCAUGUAUUUUGCUUGGCUGGGUUUCUACACCAACUCCAUGCUCUACCCUGCCGUCAUUGGCUUUCUGCUGUGGAUACUAGUAGAAGAUGACCAGACCAGCCAGGAUAUCUGCUGUGUAGUUUUUGCUCUCUUCAAUGUCAUCUGGGCAACUUUGUUUCUGGAGCGCUGGAAGCGGCGAGAAGCGGAGCUGGCCUACAGGUGGGGCACCCUGGACACCCCCGUCGAGUCCUUGGAGGAGCCCAGGCCCCAGUUCAGGGGUGUGAAGCGGUGCAGUCCCAUAACGGGCUGUGAGGAGUUCUACUACCCCGCCUGGAAGAGAGCCAUGUUCAGAUGGCUGGUCAGCCUGCCGGUCUGCCUGCUCUGCCUCUGCUUCGUCUUUCUCGCCAUGCUCCUCUGUCUUCAGCUGCAGGAAGUGGUGAUGGAGAUUCAGGAGCUGCCUAGUAUCACAAGAUUCAUCCCUAAGAUACUUCUGGCCAUCACUGUAACUGUAUGUGACGAGGUGUAUAAGAAGAUUGCCUACUGGCUUAAUGACAUGGAGAACUACAGAUUUCAGAGUGCCUACGAGAACAAUUUGAUCAUCAAGAUGGUUUUUUUUGAAUUCAUCAAUUCUUACCUCAGUCUUUUCUACAUUGGAUUCUAUCUCAAGGACAUGGAGCGACUGAAGGAGAUGCUUGCUACUCUGUUGAUUUUCCGCCAAUUCCUGCAAAACAUCAAAGAAGUCCUUCAGCCAUAUCUCUACGAGCAAAGCAAGCUCGGCGUCUUCACCCCAAAGGUCUUAUGGGAGCUCCUACAAGUCAUCAUUCUCAAGUAUGGGCGCCUGGCUCUUGGGAAGGCACAAGCCUCAAUGACGUCCUACUCUUUCUUGAGUCCCAGAGGAAUCUCAAAGAGUCACGCUGCGAACUGUAUCCAGGAACCGAAGAGAAGAGGAGAUCUGAAAGCUGGCUUCAGGCUCUCAGAGGAGGAGUGGGACAUGAACGACAGCAUUAUGAAGCAUCGGAAAGUCAGCUUCACCGAGAAGGUGGACUACAAGAAUGUCAAGACGGAGACCCAGGCUGUGGAGGACAGUUUCCUGGAGGACAGUCCGACGCUGAUGGAAGACGGGAUGGAUCCAUCCAGUAUUUUUGACAGUUGUGAUGAGGACAGUGACUGUGAAUCGCUGUCUCAGCAGGAGACCAAGGAGAACGUUAGUAUGUCCUCUUCAAAAGAGUCCAACUCCGUCUGCCAGAGAAGGAAUGUAGGCGAGCGGAAAGAUGACAAGAAAUCUUGGAUGGAUCCACCAGAGGAACCAAAAACCGUUGCUUUGACUCAGGCUGAGAUAGAGAGUUGUAUGCAGACUUAUGAGGGAACACUUCAAGACUACCAGGAGAUGUUCAUUCAGUUCGGCUACGUGGUGCUCUUCUCCUCGGCCUUUCCCCUGGCGGCCAUGUGUGCUCUUAUCAACAACAUCAUUGAGAUACGAAGUGAUGCCCUGAAGCUGUGCACCGGCCUCCGGAGACCAUUCGGACAGAGAGUGGAGAACAUCGGACAGUGGCAGACUGCAAUGGAGGCCAUGGGCUUGAUAGCCAUUAUAGUUAACUGUUACCUGAUUGGUCAGUGUGGCCAGCUUCAGCGUCUGUUCCCCUGGUUGAGCGCUGAGAUGACCAUCAUCUCCAUUGUCUUACUUGAGCACUUUGCAAUCCUCCUAAAGUACGUCAUCCAUGUCGCCAUCCCUGAUAUCCCUGGCUGGGUAGCAGACGAGAUGGCCAAGCUAGAGUACCGACGAAGGGAAGCUUUCAAGAAACAUGAGCUGCAGGCACAGCAGCACUUCCAGCAGCAACUCCGGCGCCGCCGCGAGGAGGAGGAGCUUCACCGCCAGGCCGACCUGCAGGCAGAAGCUCGCCAUGAGAGCGACAAUAAGGCGGACAUGCAGCACCAGCACCACCACGACAAAUCACAGGGCAGCAAGCCUGGCGACAAGCCCAAGAGGCCCAGCUCCCUGCUUGGGAAUAAUAACGUGAUGAAGCUCAAACAGAUCAUUCCUCUCCAAGGGAAGUUCUCCUCUGGGACAUCCCGGUCACCAGCUCAGUCCCCGACGGGAGGCGAAGCAAAGCUGCCUGGAUUUCUGAAGUUCCUAAAGUCACCUGAAGUGAAAAAAGAGCCAGCGGCGGCGGCAUCUGGAGGAACACCAGGCUCAGCAGUGACGUCUUCUGCUCCCCCUGGUGGACAAGAGAGACCACAAUCCCCAAACAGAACAUUUAGUCCAGGGAAGCUGUUCAGUUUUAGCAAAUCAGAGGGUACCGUGGUGUGUGCUAAUGGCACACAGCAGCAGAACCAGGCUACUAACUCUCAACCUAACACAACCACAGAGGAAUUACCCUCAAACGAGUCAGAUAAAGGAGAAUCAAGACUACAGACUGAUUUAGAAAACCCAAAGACCUAACAAAUGAUCACCCACAGCAACGUCAUAUUAGGAAGGGAAAAAACUGUAUAAAUGAUCAUGCAAAAUGUAGAGGCACUGAUGCACCCUGGUGUUAAACCACAAGGAUCACAUGCAGCAAGUGUUCACCUUUCACUCUUGAUGCAACUCCAUAAAGCGUGCCACUGUCUCUGCUUACACUUAAUUACCUAACUUCCAUGUAUAAACUGUACAGUAAGUGUCACUGAUUCUAUUGGGGUUCAGUAACAGUGCAGCCUGAUCUGAGACAGUACCAGAGACAGAAAUGGUCCAGAACCAAGACAGUAGAAAGGCAGUUUGUUGGUCAAACUUCCAAGUUGGUGCUGGUACUGGAUGCAUGUUUCCAUGUGCAUGCGUGACAUGUUCACUGUCUUUUCAGUUGCAAUGCACGUUCAAAGCCAUUGGGAUUCUUCUGCACUAGGUCAGAUAUAGUCACUGUGACCAUAAAAAAAUCUAUUUUUACAAACUUUGAUUUUCUAUGAAUUUAUUUUACUACAUAAUUUAGUGACUGUAACUAUAUGAGGCAAAUAAAUGUCACUCAGUUCAAUGUCCAUUGGAGAGAAACAGGAUAGGAGCUGGUGUUGCUUUAUGAGAGACCAUGCUGCUGCUGGGUUCUGAUGCCUCCAGGCAGUGGCAACCACAAGGGGGCGAGGGGCGAACUCUGACCUAUUGGUUCAGCCACCACUGUUUCAACUUACAGUGAGGAUGAAAACACCCUGUUUGUUCUUGGGUUUAAUAUAUAUUAGGACACAAUCAAAUUUCUCACACUGUUUUGAACAAAAAGUAAACCAUGAUGGAAACACUGGUAAAAAAAACUAAGUGAGCCUGUGGUCCUUUCAUGGGACCUUUAGAGGGGCUGCAGCAGCAGUUCAUUAACUGAUUAUUAUUAACAUCGGCACCAUCAUGCAAUUGUUAGUCAUGACAGCUCAGUAUUUGUUUUUAUUCAUUUUAAAAAGUUAAACACACAGUGAGAGAUAUUUCAAGUCUUAAUUUCUUCUAGUUUUGAUGAUUAUGCCUCACAGAUCCUGGAAAUCCAACAUUCAGUGUCUCAGAAAAUCAGAAUAUUGCUAAACAGACAUGUCAGGCUUCUGAGAACAAUGCUGAUUUCUAUUCCCUUAAUACUUGUUCGGGGCUCCUUUUGCAUGAAUUACUGCAUGAAUGCAGGGUGGCAUGGAGGAGGUCAGCCUGUGACCCAGGUAGCUUUGACAGCGGCCUUCAGGUCAUCUGCUUGGGUUUUCCACUUAACGGGAAAGCCCAGAUAUUCUUUACAGGGUUAAAGGUCAAAUUCACACAUUUUUAAAUGUAUUCUUCUUGACAAUCAUCUCAAAAACUUCAAUUAUGUUGCUGGCUCACCUUGUUCUAACUCACAUUUUCCUUCCAUUCAACUUUCUAUGAAUAUGCCCCAGAUACAGCCCUCUGUGAACCAGCAGCUUCUUCAGCAAUCACCUCUUGUAGCCUCGCCUCCUAGUGGAUGGUGUCUGUCACUGUCUUACGCUCCAGUCAGAAUGUUGUGUCUUAAUGACCGAGAGGCUCAGGAAACCUCUGCAGGUGUUUUCAGUCAAUUAGCUGAUUAAGGUGUGAACUGUAAUAUCGCCACGAUUUUCUUAUAUUGUGAGACACUAAAUUGGAGGUUGUCAUUAUCUUUAGGACAUAAUCAUCAAAAAUAGUAGAAAUAGAGGCUUGAAAAAUGCCAGUGUGUGAUGUAGCUAUACAUGAGUCACUUUCUGAAACAAGUGACAAAAACUAUAAAACAUUUUAAAACAAAAAUGUUUUAAGUGUAAACUGUAAUCAUGAGAGGAAAACAUUUAGAAGAGAAAAGUUGUCUAUCUUCACAUUAAUCACCUUCACAGCAUUACAAAAACACAACUGUUAGACCAUAGCACACAAUGCAAUGUUUCUCAACACUGUUUUACUACAAGGCCUGCUGAAUCAUGACGGUGUGAAUGAAGGUACAUGGUUUUGUACAUUCAAAUAGAAUUCUAAUUGAAAUGAUUUUUUUAAAAGAACAGAUGAUUUUUAUUGUACCCUGAUACAUAAAACCCAAGAGCUGAAACAGAGUAUACUUUCUUUCUGUCACGACAGUAGAGGUAAGUAGGAAGAAAGGGUUUUUUUUCCUUGAAAGUUUCUCCAAAGCUUUCUGGUUUUUGUCAGUUACUGUGUGUCACCAUGUACCUUUAUACAAACGCUGACAGUGGAUAUAUGCAAUAAACUCAGACACAUUCCAAACUC